AUGGGUGGAAGUAGGAAAAAGCACUUUAGCAUAUUUCCCAUUUUCUUCUUUAUUGCGGUAUGGCACGAUAUUGAGCUUCGACUAAUAUAUUGGGCCGGUAUUGUCUGCAUAUGCUUCUUUCAAGAGAUAUUGGUCACGCAAGUCCUGCUCCACCCCAAGACCCGAUUAGCCAUUGCACUGGCAAAACGGCCGGUGUUCUACAGGUACGUUCGCAUUAUGGGGGCGAGUAUUGGCAUGAUACAGCUCAUCGUUAUGAACCUUAUUGGCUUUGGCAUAGGUAUUAGUGGUGCAGGUUCAAAUUUUGCGGCGCUGUGGAAUGAGGCGCCCAUUUCAUUCUUACUGCUUAUGUUUUUGUACUUCUGCAUGGCUUCCGUCAUUUCCAUCCAGGACAGGGAUCGAGAGCAGUUUGAGGAACACCAGAACCGCAUCAGGUAUGGUCUAGCCGGUAGUGGUGGUGCGGCUGCGACGAAGGGUGUCGUCAGCAGCGGCGUCUUCACUGUAGAAACGGGCAUAACAAUCGAAAAUGGAGUGCAACAGGACAGUGUGAGAUAUCUGUAA